AUCAUUGAGCAGAAAAAUACUCAACCCAACUUUUUGAAAUGGGGAUGUCAUGGAAGUUUUGUUUGAUCGGCUUAAUAACACUGGUGAUUUCAAGCUGUUUAGUAGAUGCUUUUACAAAAUUAACCAACAUCGACUGCAAAGCGUUCGACAAACCUUUCGCCGAUUUCAAGAGCUGUCGCCUGCAUGUGCCGAAACGGGGAGAGAUCGCAUUAUCCUUGCAUGUCCGGCUCUUCCAGAUACCAGUUAAUAAUGUCAGUGUAAACCUUGCAUUUUUCAAGAAAGUCAGUGGUUACCGCCCCUUUUUAUACAAUGUUAGCGUCGAUUUUUGUAGUUUUAUGGCGAACAAGAAACGUUUUCCUUUUCCAAAUAUUUUCUAUAGCCUUUUUAAGAAGGACUCUAACAUUAACCACACCUGCCCCUACAACCAUGAUAUAAUUGUUAAAAAUCUGGUUUUGCGUGACGAAAUGUUCGGACGAUUGCCGGUGCCAGCGGGAGAGUAUUUGUUCAAAUUAAUGGUGGGCGCCUACAACGAAUGGAAAGCUGAAGUGAAGGCUUACUUCACAAUAAAACUCAAUAAAGAGGAGCGUUAAAGCGACGUCCACUUAAUUCCGAUAUGAUAAAAUAUAUAAAUUGUCAUGUGAUGAAGUAGUAAAUGAAGAAUGAUGGCUGAUCCAGAGGUAACAGAGGGCUGCAUAUAAAUAUAACUCCUAUAAUUCGAACCAAUAAAUUUCUAAAACGCCUUCUGGCCGAUAAAAAUUUGCUCAGGCGUUUAAUUACUAUUUCCACUUGUUCUGUGGGAUAUCUGAAAGUGUGAGUUAACAGGGUUAAGCAUUCCUCAACCGGCUCUGAACGCACGAUUUGUGAGAUCAAGGCUAGUAUCGCCGCCCUGUUUUAGAGUGGUGAAUCUACAGCUACCUUUAUGGCCGCAACCUCGGCUUGAAAACAUUGCAAUAGUCAAGAAAUUUAAAGUUAAUGACAAUUUAUUCCUCCAUCAAACUUUCCCUCAAGCUUUGACUCACUCGUAAAGAAGCUUACUGCCCCUCUUCACCAACGGUAUCUACCACCCACAACUCCCUCGCAGGUAUGUGAAUGAAAAUAAAGCCACCAGAGUUCGGCUUGGCGACUCCUGAUCCAAAAGAUCUGGUAUAUGUCUAGAUUCCUUGAUUCGCGGGCGUACUCCUUCUACCCAUAUACCAUAUAUGGGCAAUAUUGCAAAAUGGCAUUGAGUGUCUUGGUUGAAGUGAAUCUUUGAACAUCACACAUGCUGAUGGUCUUUUCUAGUGUCAGCCACCACACAAAGGCCCAAUAGAACAUAAUGGGCUUGACUAUGGUA